AUGCAUCUCGCAGAAAUCCUCUCCGACCUCGUCUCGCUGCGUGUUUGUGACCCCGCCGCAGCGCUCGCCCUGGUAUCCGCGCGCCCAGACCCCACGACGUCGGCGUCGUCUAAAGCCGAGAGGGACGAGAGCAGAGAGGAGCAGGAAGAUGGAGAUCUCAAGCGCGCGAAGGAUCUCGUGGAAUUGCACUAUGCGGUUAAGGAGGCGCAUAAGAGGGGCGAGUUGGGGAGGGGCUUGAUGGAUGCUCGGGCGAGUGUGGAUAGGGCUGUUGGUGGGGUAUGA